AUGGAGUCACAGAUUGUCGACUUGACAACAGAUUCGUCGUCAGGAUCACAAAACGCAACGAUAUUAAGACAGCUACUCACGCAGCCACAGCAUAUGAAAACUGAACAAGAUCGUCAGCAGCAGCAACAGCAACAGCAGCAACAACAGCAACAGCAACAACAACCACAGCAACAACAACCACAGCAACAGCAACAACAACCACAGCAACAGCAACAGUCUACAUCUGGUAUGACACAAUCACUUUUAACCGUACUUACUCUAACGCAGAUUAUAGAAAAUCUGUACAUGAUAGGCUUUAGGAGUCUAGAUACCUGGCAGCAACUGGUUGGAGAACUUCAAAAAUCUAAAGAAAUCAUUAUGAGUCCUGUUUGCCGUUCAACUUUUGUGGAUUUUUCAAAAUUUAUGUGA